ACAUGGAUGGAGUGGAGUAAUGCCGUUAUGGGUUUCCUGUUUGUCACUAUGGAAAGGCCACACUUACCUGCUCAAUCCCCAUUUACUUUGUAUUCUAGGAUAGAGGUCAGGAAGACUAUACCCCACCUGCCUAUACAGCUGUGGUGUGUUGAAAGAUCCCUGGACUUCAAGUAAGAAGAUCUGGGUUUGAGUCUCAGUCUGUCACUUAUUUUCUGUGUGACCUUGGGCAAGUCACUUCACCUAUCUGAGCUUCAGUUUACUUCUCUGUUUAACUGGGAGCAUAUUAUCCGUCUCAUGGGGUUGCUGUGAGAAUUCAGUGAGAUGGUGCAUGUGGAAGUGCUUUGUUGACUGAAUAUUGCUCUAAGAAGCACAGCCGAAAGCAGAAUAUGUAACACUCGGUUUCUUUUUCAGGUAUUCGUCCAAUGGUUUAAAAACCCAACAAAAUGCAUCCAUAAAUAUGCAACUGCCUUCAAGAGAGACAAAUUCCUAUUUUAAUAGCUUGGAUCAAAAGGACCUGAUGGGAUAUUCAUCUACAAGGGCCAGUUCCGUGCCCAUCAUCCCUUCAGUGGGUCUAGAGGAAACCUGCAUGCAAAUGCCAGGGAUUUCUGAAGUCAAAAGCAUCAAAUGGUGCAAAAACUCCUACUCUGCUGAUAUUGUCAAUGUGAGUAUUCCAGUCAGCGAUUGUCUUAUAGCAGAACAGCAAGAAGUGAAAAUAUUGCUAGAAACUGUCCAGGAGCAGAUCCGAAUUCUGACUGAUGCCAGGCGGUCAGAAGACUACGAACUGGCCAGCGUAGAAACCGAGGACAGUGCAAGUGAAAACACAGCCUUUCUCCCCCUGAGUCCCACGGCCAAAUCAGAAAGAGAGGCACAAUUUGUCUUAAGAAAUGAAAUACAAAGAGACUCCGCAUUGACCAAGUGACUUGAGAUGGAGGAAUCUGUGCAUUCUAUGCUUUGCUCAACAGGAAAGAGAGGAAAUUAAAUACAAAUUAUUUAUAUGCAUUAAUUUAAGAGCAUCUACUUAGAAGAAACCAAAUAGUCUAUCGCCCUCAUAUCAUACUGUUUUUUAACAAAAUAUUUUUUUAAAGGGAAAGAAACGUUUCAGGAGGGAUAAAGCUUACAACGAAAGCUUUUGGGUAGAAUUCUGAAUACAAUUUCAGUUAGUCCCAACACCGGCCUCGUUGGCUCUUAGUAGAUGUGGGUAAUUCAGACCCUUAGCCCCACAGCACCAGUGUCCUCAUAAAAAAGCAUUGGCAGUUACCUGGUUUUAAAGAGAUGAGCUGUAUCCUGAGGGCGGACGUGCCAGUGAGCAAGUGGCCCUUGCCAUUUGGCUUGCCAGUCCCAACCCCUAAAUUUCUAUUCACUCGACAGCCUCAUCACAGGUUAUGUCCUGUCAACAAAUGUAGUGUUUUCUAUUUCAUUUUUGAAGAAUGGCACAAAAACUCUGUAAGGGGGAGGGUAGGAGAUAGAAGGACUAAUUGGGGGACAAUCUUCGCUACUCUUAUGUGCCAGCUUCCUCUGAAAUUUGAAGGCACAGAAUCUCAGAGGGAGGUGUGAAAUUAUUAUAGAAAAAGAGACGAGAAAAAUCACAAUGUCGUGUCACUAAAAUCAUGCUAAUAGAAAGAAGUGUUUUUCUUUGAGAUUGUUUAGGGGCUCCAAAGGAGCAUUUCUCAGUGUGUGCGUGCCCUUUGUGCGUGUGUGUGUGUGUGUGUGUGUGUGUGUCUGUGUGUGUGCGUGCACGUGCGCACAGGUGUGUGUCUGUAUGUGCUUGCUCACUUGAGCACAGGUAUGCUGUAUGCACAUGUGUUCAUUGUGUGUAUGUGUGUGCAUGUGUGUGCAUAUUAAGCUUGCUAAAAUUUGUUCUGAAACAUCAGGGAAUUUAAUAUUCAGAAAAGAAAUUUCCCUCUCAGAUCUGUUCACUUUGAAUUUAUACAUUAAGUGUAAAAUUCAGUUAGUAAGUUCUUAAAUCAAGGUCACUUGCAUGGCGGGGUCCUUUAAAACUCUUGACAAUGUCAAGAUCAUUUUCUGGUGUGAAAACUUUUGAGAGGAACAACUAUUGGCUCAUUAAUGGUAUCAGUAUCACAAGGCAAGUUGAGGAUGUGUGUUAUUUUGAAUCAUGCGUACUUAAAUUAUUUACACAAGCCAAUUAUCAAACUGAAAGUUACCCUUUGCUUUCUCAUCAUCCUCAUUAUUAUUUAUUUUGUAGCAAGUCUACUAUUUGUGGACCAAGACAUUGGCUUCUGUGGUUAAUAUGGAAAGAAUAAAUUGUUGAAAUCACAAAGCCCAGACUUUUCAGUUCACAGGAAGCCCCCAAAAGAACAGUAAAUUGUGUUGUAUGUUCAUUUGGAAUAAAGCAAUAUUUUUACCACUGCUGAGGUGAACUGAAACUUCUCCUGAAGAUUCGUCUGUUUUAUUUACCCUUAUUUUCAUGGGGCAUUCAAGGAAAUUAGUGUUCACCUAACCAGUCUUUUCCAAUUAUUGGUGGUGUUGAGUUGUUAUGUUUACACUGUUUUAAAUAAAAAGGCACAGUAUUUGAAAGUAUAUAAAAGAUUUCUUUUACUGCAGUCUGGGAAGACUUUGGUUACAUUUCCUUGUGGAAGAUUCACAUUACCUUGAAAGGGAAUGUAAUUUCUGAAACAAAUAUUGAAUAUAUACAAUUCUUUCUUGAGUUU